UUGUUUGCGUCGCUUUAGUUCGUCGCAUGUGUACAGAGACAUGGGUGUCAAACGAUCCCUCUCAAUAAUUAUUCUUCUCUCGCUAAUUGUCGACAAAGCAGCAUCGGCGGAAGGAGAUGGGGUGCUAGGUUGUGGUGGUUUCGUCAAGUCGGAUGUAGAGAUAAAUUUUUCUCUUGUAGAGGUGAAACUGUACACACCUCAUGGAUCCAUUAAGUAUCAAACUGACUGUGCUCCAAACACAGGAUAUUAUCUGAUUCCUCUGUAUGAUAAAGGCGACUACAUACUGAAGGUGGAACCCCCAGCCGGAUGGAGUUUUGAGCCAACUAGCAUUGAUUUACAUGUAGAUGGUGCUACAGAUAAAUGCAGUCUCGGAGAGGAUAUAAAUUUCAAGUUUACGGGGUUUUCUGUAUCUGGCAAGGUAAUAAGUGAAGGACAGACUGAGGGACCAGAAGGUGUGACCUUGUCACUUGUUGACACCAGCAGUAAGCAGACACUACAGACAGUCACAAGUGGUGUCGGUGGCAGUUUUACUAUUACUGGAGUCAUGCCUGGUGAAUAUGAUAUAAAGGCUUCGCAUCUCAAGUGGAAACUGAAGAAGGAUCAGAUAAGAGUGAAGGUUGUGGAUGACAACAUUAAUGCUGGCAUUGCUCUGUCUGUAGCAGGCUAUGAUGUCUGGGGCCAGGUCUUUAGUGAAGGAGAGCCUAUGAAAGGAGUUAAUUUCCUCUUGUUCUCAAAAUCUGGUAACCCACAGCCAGUGAUUGGCUGUGAAAAGUCACCCUUAAAGGGCUAUCCCUCCAGUACUCAGCAGCCAUUAUGCUAUGUGACUUCUCAGGCAGAUGGUUCCUUCUUGUUUCUGACAGUUCCUAGUGGGCAGUAUUACUUGGUUCCAUUUUACAAAGGAGAGCACAUUACAUUUGAUGUUGUGCCAGAAAAACUUGACUUUGAGGUUGCUCAUGAUUCAGUAGUAUUUAAGAAAAGCUUUGAAGUGGCUGGUUUUUCUGUCAGUGGACGGGUUCUUGAAAGUGAAAAGGGCAUUGGCAUUGCUAAGGCCACAGUCAACAUCAAUGGACAGCCACAGACUGAGACAGAUGCCACAGGUACCUACCACCUAGAGAAUAUGAAGACGGGAAGCUAUGUUCUGAGUGUCACAGCCAACAACAUCUUCUUUCCAGAGAGCAGCGUGAAGAUCACACCCAACACACCUCACCUUCCUGACAUCAUUGCUUCUGGUUUCAAUGCCUGUGGCAAAGUGACUAUUGACCGAGUGCCUGAGAGCCUGGGCUCCGUAACCAGCCAACGGCGCAUCAUUUAUUAUCCAGAGGGUAAAGGGUCAGAGGCUGCAUCUAUAGCAACUGAUGGAGCAGGCAGUUUUUGUGCCAAGGUGUCGCCAGGAAAAUAUGUCUUCAAGGUCCACUUGAAUGAACAAGAAGUGAAAGCAGGCCUGCAUUUGGCUCCUGCCGAGCGAACAGCUGUUAUCACCAACAAGCCAGUCCUAGAUAUCAACUUCUCGCAGUUCAGGGCCAAGGUGUCAGGCACAAUCACAUGCAUGGAGAAAUGUGGUGACAUUGAAGUAUCUCUGGAUCCAGUGGGUCGAGCAGAUUCCAAACUGAUCACUAAGGCUACUGAGAACAAGGAUGGAGCUAGUUUUCAGCUUGAGAACAUUCUUCCUGGAAAAUACAAAGCAUCGAUUCUGCAGGACACAUGGUGCUGGAAGGACAAAAGUGUGGAGGUUGAGGUCCGUGACGGAGAUGUGUCAGGCAUCAGUUUUACACACACUGGCUACAUCUUGAAGUGCUCCAUCUCACAUCCAAUCACUUUGAACUUUGCGCAUGAGAAGAAAUCUGGCAGCGUAGGAUCUUUCCAGCUAAACAAAGGCACCAAUAGGUUUUGCUUGGCUCAACCAGGCAUGUACCAGCUGACACCAGAUUCUUGCCACAAGUUUGAGCGAGAUGUUUACUCUUAUGACACCACAAACCAAGCAACUUUGACCCUGACAGCCAUUCAGCAUAUUGCCACUGGCACAAUCAAGACAGAGGAGAAAGUGGAUGAUAUUACCGUCGUUAUCAAGUCUUCAGUAGAAGAUGCACCAACAGUCAUCGGUCCUCUUAUUGCCCAGAGUUCAGGAAAUGAAGGAACAGAAAAACCUCAGAAAGAUAAAGCUUUUGUGUACACCUUCUCACAUUGGGCAAGGUCUGGGGAGAGACUUGAAAUAUCUGUCCAAUCCACUGAAGUCCUUUUCUACCCUGCCAAGAAAGAAGUCCUAGUGGAUGGAGAAUCGUGUCCUGGUGAAGUUGCCUCGUUUGUUGGGCGCAAGGGGGUGUUCAUCACAGGCCAAGUACAGCCUGCACUAGAAGGAGUGCAGAUCAGCGUCACGGCAGAGGAUGGCUCCAUGGAGCCCAUUGUCCUGUCAACUGAUGCUAGUGGAAAAUACAGGGUAGGACCAUUGCACAGUGAUGUCAAGUACCGUGUUACUGCUGAAAAGACAGGCUAUGUCAUUACUAAAGAUGCUGAGAAAAGAGAUGUGUUUAGAGCUUUCAAACUGGGCGAGAUUUCUGUUCAGGUGCUGGACAAAGAGAAGCAGCCCAUGCCUAGUGUUCUACUGUCUUUAAGUGGAGAGCGUCAGUAUCGCAGUAACAACAUCACUGGGGAUACUGGAUCACUUAUCUUUACUAGUCUUAGCCCUGGUCAGUACUUUUUGCGACCAAUGAUGAAAGAGUACAGAUUUGAACCUGCUUCCCAGACCAUUGAAGUUAAGGAGGGUACAACAAUGAACAUAACAAUCUCGGGUGUCCGAACCGCUUAUAGCUGUUUUGGGAGAGUGACCUCCCUGAAUGGAGAACCAGAGGCUGGAGUGAUAGUUGAAGCUGUUGGGGAGGGCAUAGGCUGCGAUGCCUUCCAGGAGGAGUCUAAGACAGAACAGGAUGGAUCCUACAGGAUCCGAGGGCUUGAGCCUAAGUGCCAAUAUAAUAUACAUCUGAAGACAGGCCAAGUCAACACUCACAUUGAGCGUUCUAUCCCAAAGUCCAGGAUCCUUCAGGUUGAUGACAAAGAUUUUGUGGAUGUAAACAUCAUUGCUUUCCGACGCAUGAACCAAAUGGAUGUCAGUGGUUAUGUCAAGGCAGAUCCGUUGCAUGUGGGCUCCAUAAAGGUGCGGUUGUACCGAGAAGAAUCACCUGACUUCCCUCUUCACUCCAUCUCACUGACGCAGUCACCAUUUUUCUACUUCCCAACACUGCAGAUGGAUAACACAAAAUAUGUUCUUCAUAUGGAGAGCUCUCUUUCCAAGUCACAAUUUGAGUAUUCAGAGCAGGAAAUGUCCUUCACAGCCAAUGUGUCAUAUAGACAUUACAGGCUUCUCUUUGAACCUAAGAGGAAGUUGACAGAACAAGAACUAAACCCUGGCUCCUUUCUGAUCUUGCCUGUGGUGGGCCUGAUCAUGCUGCUGGCAUACAACUACCAGACAGUGUUGCCUUUCUUGACUCGGGUGGCUGUUCAGCUGCAAGUUCUGGCACAGCAGCAACACCAGCAGAGACAGCAGACAAAUCCAGAUUCUUACCAGGAACUGACAACAGCUGACUCAUCGCCCACCAAGAAAAAAAUCAAACCCAGGAAAGCUCAGUGAUAUGAAUGAUGACAGUUAAUUUUUUUUUUUAAAGGGGGGUUGUUUGUUUGUUUUUUAAUUUGUGCAGAAGUGAGGCUGGAACAAAAAAAAUGCAAAAGGACAAGUAUUUGUGAAAGGGCUGUGUUGUGUAGGUGGCAAAGAAUGAAGUGUGUCCAGUCUCCAUUGUUUACAUGUUUGAAUGCUUUUUUCUGGAUGAUUUGUUAUGAAAGUAGACAUCGAUCUUACAGUUCAUACCUCUCUCACUACCCUUUGUCAUUGAUUUGUAAAUCUGAGUGUGUAACAGUUUGUGUAACUGCUGCAGAGUUGACCAGCAUUUCUUGGUAUGCUUUGGGCAAGACUGACAGUACAAGUGAGCAUUGAAUAUGUUGCCAUAUCACUGCCGGUUGAAAAGUCAUUAAAUGCUGUUGUCUUGGAAAAGCGUAAAAGAAAUUUGAAAAGAAAAAAGUUUAUUUAUAAAAAAAAAUUUUUGUUGGCAAGUUUUCAUGUCAGUUGCAGGAAUGAAUUCGAAGAAAGAAAUCUGUCUGUGAAGUGUACCUAGAUGAAAGUAAAAUUAUUUCUUUUGUGUACCAUGUUCGCCAGGCAUUUUAUUGUCUUCUUCAUGAAUACUUAUACUGUCCGUGAGUAAGAAAAGGGUUUUAUUUUCUUGUAUCUGCUAUUUCUUCAUUCCACACCAGUCUUGAGUUUAUAUGCCUGCGCAACCAACGAUGUACUUCCAUUUUGUCAUUUGUCAAGUUUAUACAGAAGAAAUAAAAUUUUUCAGAAAAUAAUAUUUAGUUAUAUCAUUUCUGCUGUUACUGAAAGUAAUCAAUACUUUAUAUCUUGUGAAGUAUCUUUACACCUAAGUAUAAAAAAAAAACACCAGCUUAUAUUGAUUUAUAGUCCUCUUUCGUUUUUGAAUGGUGGAAUAUUUUUUAUUUUAGUUUCUAGGAGAUUUUCUGUUGUCCUCUUAACAAAAAAAUUCAAGCAAUUCUUACCUUUCUUACAUUAAACAGUUCUGAGAUUUGAAGCUAAUAAAUUGAUUUAAAAAAGAA